AUGGCCGCUUCACAGUUUUCGACAAUCAACACAAGAAACGCUUUGAAAGAUGAUUUUCUGGUCCCGUGCGACGCAGAGGCCGAGUACCAACAGUGCUUGAGGUGGAUCAAGGAAAGGCCACAAGAGUUUCGUUCUCGUCUUGUGAGAGACUUGGCGGAGUGGGAGCGGCUGCAAGACAACAGCACGCGCGGCAUUGACGACGUCCCCAGCGAUCUCUUGACGGGCAAGACCAUUGAAACAGAAUGGGGAGAUGUGACUGAGUACACGAUGCCACCCUGUGGAACUUUCAGCUUCCGAGGCCAAGUCACUGUCGGAUUUCUUCGGGCGACAGGCGCCGGGGACGCCAUAGUAAAAGGCGACAUCGUCCACGGCAUUGAGCCGCGCCCCUUUAAGCUUGAGCUCGAGAUGCUGAAGCAUCCCGCUGGUGGUCCCUCCGUGUGGUCCCGCGGCCUCGUGGUCGGCUGUGGCCUCGGCGGUCAGACAAGUGAGGUCGACUGGAAGGAGCCUCGACUUGUUCUCUUCGCUGUUCUCGACGAGGAAGCGUAUGAGGCGGCAGCCAAAGAAGAGGCCCUUGACGUCGGGCGGAACUUGACGCUUCUGCCGGAGGGGCAGCUCCUUCAAAGUGGGGCAGUGAAGGCCGUUGCGGUUUCAGUUCCGCGCCGACGUCUAGCCCCACAACGUCGAAGCAGAGAGACGAAGCCCGAACCUGCAGGUGGCGACGGCUGUGAUGUGGGGUUCGGAAUGGUGCGUUUCAUUUGGAACAACAGGCUCUGCUGGGGCACCGACUUCCACAAGGAUGUGCUGGACAACAAGGAGGAGCAGGUCUUGCGACAGCUGGAUCAAGGCCAGGCACAUUUGGAGGACCGCUUCGCUUACACAACGAAGUUCAAUGGGAAGGCACAAAUCUGCACCGGUAUGGCCAUUCAUCUCGCGGCCAGCCGCGGACACACACUCCUGGUGGAGACGCUGCUUGAUCGGAGGGCCAGCGUGGAGAGCAAAGUCUGCCGCGAUGAGAAGGACAACUACGACGUCAUCCAGGCCGCCGUCUUCAAGGAGGGGCGCGGCGGAUCCAACGAUAUCAUCACCCUCCUCUGCAGCCGUGGGGCCAAUAUCGACUCGGAGAAUGCGAACGGCUACUCCUGCUUGCACUUGGCCUUCCAGACCGGCAACAUGGCCACGAUCCGGGCAGUGCGGCAUGCAAGGAAGAUGAGAAGUUUGGAUGACGCCGACGAGAACUGCGAGCCAGAGGAAGGCGAAGUCGAUUUCGAUGCCAAAGAGCACAAGGCGACGCCUCUGGAGCUUGGCAUUCAGUGGGGGAAAAUGAACAAGGAAGCUUUGGCCAAGGCGGCCCCUCCACACAUCAGCAGCCUCAAGGUCUUCAUCCACAGAGCGCCCGAGUGCAUCCCAAUGUUCAUGAGCCGGCUCCGCGACACGAGACGGAUGGGCUGCCGCAACGAGGAGCUUUCCAAGAGGCUUGCAGACAAGCUCACUCACAAGGACAUUGCUCGCCUCUUGCGCGACUAUCCGGAGGCUGCUGUGGCGCUGCUCAACGGGGUCACUGCAAAGCCCAUCGUGACAAGCGAAGGUUGGCAUCCGCUGCCGAGCCGAGUAUCCUUCGCAGCACGAUCUCCGAUAGUGCGGCUUCUGAAAAACAUCUUCCCGACGCGUCGUUUCCUUUGCUUCUAUGAGACCGAGUAUAGUUGGAGCUUCGACGACCAAGCGUACGAAGCCCCAGCCUGGCACACGAAGAUCACAGACGUCAAGGAACCACCACGCGUCGAUGCGAGCAUCCAGGUGUGUUACAUUCCCAAUAUCGUCUCGGCCAACAUUUUCGCGGCGUUGGUGUCUUGCACGGGAGGCGAGGAUCCGGCGCUCUUCCUGUACGACUCCGUGGCAGUGCGUGCUGCCGUGUCCUACACCUUCUGGAAUGGUGCAAUCUGGGUGGACGUACUCCAGUUCCUCAUCUCCUUCUGGGGAUUGACGCUCCUGGUCCUGGAGACCUGCUUUAAGCACGAGGCAGCAGUUGGCAGGGAGAUGCAUUACCUGGACUGGCAGAUGAAUGAAGGUGUCUUCCAGCCCAGCUUCGUGGCACGGAGUGAUCGAAACGGGGUGGUCGCCGACUGGAUCAUUGCCAAAGGCAUGGUCGAUCUGCUGCUGGAAGUGGCCCAGUUUUCUGGCUGCCUCAUGAUCGGCGAGGUUAGCAGCUACCUGAACCUAGGGAACGUCUGGGACCUUUCGCGCAGCAUCGUUCCGAUCAUGCUCCUCUUCUUCCAUGACAGCCGGCUGCUACACCUGCUAAUCGUGCUCAUCUACUGGAUGCGUCUGCUGGAGGGCGUGACAUACUCGGAGAAGAUCGGGCACGCCCUGCUUCCAUUGCAGAAGCUUGCCACUGGGCUCCUCCCGGCCAUGACCUUCACGCUGGUGGGGUUCUGCGCGCUGACCCAUGCCAUGUACGCCGUGCAAGUGGAGGCAAAUCAUCUCUGGCCAGACACGCUUUUCAACACGUUCACCACGCUGAUCACCCAGGGCCUACCGGAGAAGCCGCCGGACGACAUUCUCGAGCUGCUGGUGCUCUACGGAGGCGUGCUGUUCUUUUCUGUCUUCGUUUUGAACAUCUUCAUUGGCGUGAUCGGCGAGCAGUACUCGAAAGAAAAGGAUCAGGUCGGCCUGAUGUUCAUCAGCGUUCGGGCAUCCUCCUGCCUCACCUACCUCCUCCGCAUCCACGUUUUUCCCUGCAAUCUGGUCACAAGUACCACUGCUGCCAUCGUGGGAGGCGUCUGUGUGUUUGCCACGCUGACGCUCCAAGUCUUGGCGCUCUUCUUCGGCAGGCAGCUGCCGGGGCUCUUGCAGCUCUUCGCCUUCGUGGCAUGUCAGGUGAUUACCUUCAUCGCAACGAUUCAGUGCAAGGGCAGCGAUUUUCCUUGGACGGAUCGGACCUGGUGUCAUUCACAGGCCUCUUCUACAUCGGAGUCGGUGGACUCUUCGGGGUAUGUCCCCGUGGGCACGAGGAAUGGCGGCAAAAGGAGAUAUCUUUGGAUUUGUGAGCCCCGGGACCAAGAGAUCAUGCACCCAAAAGGCGGCAAGGGAUCUGCGGCACCAAGUCGUGCAUCGCAAUCGAUGCUUUUCGACGAUGCCGACAAGAUGCUGCGCUCUUCCACCGGGGGCCUGGAGGACCUGGGCAAAUAUGAGCUCGCCUUGAUGAUACGCGACGCCGUGCGCGAGGAGCUCGAAGACGCCAAGGACCUGCUGGAGCGAGGCCCCUCCGCUCGAUCCCGAAGAAACACAUCUCCCGCACCGACGUUGCUCACGUCGACGCCGUUUGCCGCAGCAGAUAUGCGCAAGGCUGACGGCGAUGAUAUGGCAGGCCUUCCUUGA